CUGAACGCUUCAUUUGAGGUCUAACCGUUCCGCUGAUUUUUCGUCUCUACCGGAGAAAUUCUCACCUCGGUCAAUGGACAGCUCGCUCAUUUUCCUCCGCUGGAGAAGAGCUGGUGAUCUGUGUGACAGCGAGCCGGUGUGGGAAAGCUGAAAAAGGGAGAAAAAACACAGAGACAGAUAGAGUGUGUGUGUGUGUGUGUGUGAGAGAGAGAGAAAGACCUAGAGAGAGUGAAGGCGACGGAGCGGUAAAAAGAUGCGGCGGCUGCGGAGCGGACUGGAGUUGCGCGCGCGCCCGAUGCUGUUCUGGCUCGCGCUGUGCUCGGCGGCGGCGGCGGCACGCGGGUCACAGCACGGAAUCCCGCUCGGAGUCGUUAAACUGUGGGCUUCAGCGUUCGGUGGUGAAAUCAAAUCCAUCGCCACUAAAUACUCCGGCUCACAGCUACUGCAGAAGAAAUGUAAGGAGUAUGAGCGCAAAGUUCAGAUGGAGGAGGCUGACGGAGCCAAGCUGGUGCAGAGCAUCUCUGAGAAAAUGGCCGAAAUGUUCCGCAGCAAAGCGCAAGCUGCACGGAGGCUGGUGGAGGCGGCGGAGGAGGCGCACUUACAGCACGAGGAGAACCCUGACCUGCAGUAUGAGUACUUCAACGCUGUCCUGAUAAAUGAAGUGGAUGAGGACGGGAACAGCGUGGAGCUGGGAGGAGAGUUUCUCUUGGAGCCGAACGAUCACUUUAACAAUCUGUCGGUCAACCUGAGUCUGAGUGUGGUGCAGGUCCCCACCAACAUGUACAACAAAGAUCCUGAUAUAGUGAACGGUGUGUACUGGUCUGAGGCUCUGAAUAAGGUCUUUGUGGAUAAUUUCGAGAAGGACCCCUCACUCAUCUGGCAGUAUUUUGGAAGUGCUAAAGGUUUUUUCAGACAAUACCCAGGUGUGAAAUGGCAUCCUGAUGAACACGGAGUCAUAUCCUUCGACUGCCGCAACAGAAAAUGGUACAUCCAGGCAGCUACGUCUCCCAAGGACGUGGUGAUUCUGGUGGACGUGAGCGGAAGUAUGAAGGGUCUGAGGCUCACCAUUGCCCGGCAGACUGUCUCCACCAUCCUGGACACGCUGGGAGACGACGACUUCUUCAACAUCAUCGCUUACAAUCAGGAGAUUCAUUACGUGGAACCGUGUCUGAAUGGAACUCUGGUGCAGGCCGACAAAACCAAUAAAAAUCAUUUCCGAGCUCAUCUGGACCGGCUGUUUGCGAAAGGCAUCGGGCUGCUGGGAGACGCUCUGACUGAAGCUUUCACCGUUCUCAACGAGUUUAACGAAGCAGGUCGUGGGAGUGUGUGCAGUCGGGCCAUCAUGCUGGUGACAGACGGAGCCACUGAAAUGUACGACGACGUUUUUGACAAAUACAACUGGCCCGAGCGGAAGGUGCGCAUUUUCCCCUAUCUGAUUGGCCGAGAGUCAGCCUUCGCAGAUAACCUGAAAUGGAUGGCAUGCGCUAACAAAGGUUAUUUCAGUCAGAUCUCCACCCUGGCUGAUGUUCAGGAAAACGUGAUGAGAUAUCUGCACGUCAUGAGCCGCCCAAAAGUCAUUGACCAUGAGCACGACACGGUGUGGACUGAGGCCUACGUGGACCAAGCUCUCGCUCAGGCUCAUAAGCUGUCUGCACGCCACGGCCCAAACCCCAUGACCACGGUGGCCAUGCCUGUCUUCAGCACCAAGAAUGAGACGAAAAAUCAAGGCAUCCUCCUGGGUGUAGUGGGAAUUGACAUCCCCAUUCAGGACCUGAUGAAGACCGUCCCCAAACACAAGUUGGGAAUUCACGGUUAUGCGUUUGCCGUCACCAAUAACGGCUACAUCCUCAUGCAUCCAGACCUCCGACAUCUGUACCAGAAUGGUCAGAAGAGACGGAAGGCCCAUUACAGCAGUGUGGAUCUGUCUGAGGUGGAGUGGGAAGACACUGACAAUUACCUCAGGAAUGCCAUGGUGAACAGAAAAACAGGGACCUUUUCCAUGGAGGUGAAGAGGACGGUGGACAGAGGGAAACGUGUUCUGUCCAUGCACAACGAUUACUACUUCACUGACAUCAGAGGAACUCCAUACAGUGUUGGUGUGGCUUUGUCUCGAGGGCAUGGAAAGCACUUCUUUAAGGGAAAUGUUUCACUGGAUGCAGGUCUGCGGGAUCUGGACCAGCCGGGCGUGGCUCUGGCAGAUGAAUGGACCUACUGCAACACCGACGAGCAUCACGAGCAUCGCUACCUGACCCAGGUUCAGGCCAUCAAACUCUACCUGACCGGCCGCAAACCACACCUCAAGUGUGACAGGGAGCUGAUCCAGCAGGUUCUGUUCGAUGCUGUAAUCACCGCUCCGCUCAGGGCCUACUGGACCGGCCUCGCUCUCAACAAGUCAGAAAAUCCUGAUAAAGGAGUGGAGAUUGCGUUCCUUGGAACUCGUACUGGUCUCUCAAGAACCAACCUGUUUGUCGUCCCGGAGCAGCUGACCAAUCAGGAUCUGCUGAAGGCAGAGGAUAAGGAAGGCGUCUUUAAUGCGGAUCACUUUCCCCUGUGGUAUAAGAGAGCGGCUGAGCAAAUUCCCGGCACCUUUGUGUACUCCAUUCCAUUUAGUGCAGCACAGGACAAUAAAAGUGUGGUGUUAGCCAGCACUGCUAUCCAGCUCUUGGAUGAGAGGAAGUCUCCUAUAGUGGCUGCCGUCGGGAUUCAAAUGAAACUGGAAUUCUUUCAGAGGAAGUUCUGGACGGCCAGCAGACAGUGUAACGCUCUGGAUGGAAAAUGUAGCAUCAGCUGUGACAAUGAGGAUAUUAAAUGUUACCUCAUUGACAACAACGGCUUCGUCCUGGUGUCUGAGGAUUAUUCUCAGACAGGGCUCUUCUUCGGAGAGGUGGAAGGGGCCGUCAUGAACAAACUGCUCCUCAUGGGCUCUUUUAAAAGGAUCACUCUGUAUGAUUAUCAGGCUCUGUGUAAGGAGUAUGUGGGCAGCAGUGACAGCGCACAUACGUUACUGAGUCCCUUCUCUGCUGUGAAGUGGCUCAUCGGUGAAAUUAUCUUAUUCCUGCUCGAGUUUAAUUUCUACAGCUGGUGGAGUUGGGACUCGACUGUAAAAGCUGACAGAGUGAACAGGAGGGCGAUGCUGGUACCGUGUGAUAUGGAGUAUCCGGUGUUUGUCUCUGAGCGCACAAUCAAAGAGACAGCCGGCAGCAUCGACUGUGACGGCUGUCUCAGGACGUUCGUCAUUCAGCAGAUUCCCAGCAGUAACCUCUUCAUGGUUGUUGUGGAGAACAAGUGUGACUGUAGCUCCGCCCCUCCUGUAACCAUGGAGCCGAUCGAGAUCAUUUACAAUGAGUCUCUUAAGUGUGAGACGCUGAAGUUUCAGAAGGACCGAAAACGUCCUGAUUCCUGUCACCCCUUCCAUCCUGAGGAAAACGCCAUGGAGUGCGGCUCAGCCAUGACACUUUCUCCCACGAUCGCUGCCGCUCUGAUGCCCCUCCUGAUCUUCCUCAUUUCCAGGUGACCUUUGAUGUGACCUUCGACCUUCCAGUCGAUGGAGGGAUCAACCGUGCUAAAGGCUAAUGCUAAAUGGUGGUAAAAACAAAAAUAACAGUUCAAAUGCAGCUUGCUGACAGAAUCCAACUCAUCCUUAUGACCUCAAAAAUGAAACCUGCUGACACUUUAGCGGCUCGGUGACCUUUAUAUGACCUUUAAGAAUGUCCAUGGGUAAAGGGCGUGAUCGGAAAUGGGCGUGAUCCAAACGCUAGACGAGUUGACCUUAGAAUUCAUUCUAAUGACUUUAUCGAGAACACUCCAGGUGGUGUGGUGUACAGAGAUGCUGAUUUACAAAGAAAAAAACAUGUGCUGGGGCAGCCAUUUUGUAGCUAGCUAGCAGCCUGCUGACAAAUUAGCGUCUAAUUAGCAACUAAAAGCAUUUCACUCGGCUGAUAUGCGGCGCAGAGACGCUCAACCUGACUAACGUUCUGCUUUAGUACAUGACCCAGUUAUCUGAAUGUUAUACUUGUAACCAACUCGAUGUAAACUGCUUCUGAGCGCUAAGUCUAACGGUCGCUAAGUCUAACAGACCGCUCCACAGCCCAGUGACACCACAUGAGUGAAUUAAUGCUAAAUCAACGUCUUGUUAGAACAAAUUCUCUGCACCCUCUGGUUCGAGAUAAGAAUAAAAAAUACAUAACAGUGAAUUUUAGCGUUUGGGACACGACCGUGUUGAGUGCGUUCUGGAGUCCGGCCUCAUGUGGGAGACGAGUGCGCUUAGAAGAAAUCACUGCUCUUUGUAAAUUCAUCCAAAAUUCAGUAUUAUUGUUUACGAGCAAGUAAAGAAAAAAGUUUUCUUUGUUAUUGAACUUUCCAUUCGUCUGCCUGACAUUUUUUUUACACGCUUUAAUUUCAUUAAAGUUAAUCAACAUGCAUGAAGUGAAGAAACGUACGGAACGUUCUACAGAAAAGUGCUGAUUUAAAAAAAAAAUAAAGAUUCUGAAUUGCACAAGAAUGCCUGCUUAACAAAAAAAAACAACAACAAAGAAAAUGUCUUUUAAAUGAUUAAAACUAUACCUCAAAAAGAACGAAAGCCAUUUGUUGUAAAUAAAAGCAUAUUUUCCAUCAGUGGUCUCAGGU